ACAGCGUGUGGUUGUGGGUGCUUUGAAGCGAGGCGGUCGCGUCCGUCAAUAUUUUAAUUGACAGAGGAAGGCGGUGAAAGUUAUUCGCUCAUCGCUCCAGGAGUGCUCAAGGAAAAGGUCGUUUGAAGGUGACGUAACGAAUAGCGCAUGAUUAGUUUCUCAUCGGUGCAUUACCGAACUUGAAAUUCGGGAUCUGUUUACGCUCACUUCAAACCGUGUUACAGUCGGCUCAACAUCGUGAACUUUCAAGUCGUGAGCUUUCCUAAACUUCAGCAGUUAUGGCAGCCUCAGUGUUUUCUGUCGUUCAACCCGGACCCCCCAUUGAAGCUUUCGCUUUGAAUAAAGAAUGUGUCGACGAUCCAUUCGAGAAGAAAGUCAAUUUGAUCAUUGGUGCUUACCGCACUGAAGAAAGUCAACCAUGGGUCCUACCAGUUGUGCGAAAAACAGAAAUUAUGCUGGCGAAUAAUGAAAAAACCAAUCAUGAGUACCUGCCAAUCUUGGGUUCGGCUCCAUUCUCCACCGCUGCCACUGCCAUGCUACUCGGCAAGGACUCAAAAGCUCUCAAAGAGAAAAGGGCAUUUGGUGUUCAAACGCUAAGCGGUACUGGAGCUUUGUCAGUAGGUAGCAGAUUUCUUGUCCAACACCUUGGUGCCAAGCACUUCUACUACUCUGAUCCCACUUGGGAGAACCACAGACUGGUGUUCCAACAUGCAGGCUUUGAAAAAGGAUUUGCGUACCGGUAUUGGCAUGCAGGAAAACGAGGUAUUGAUAUGGAAGGACUUCUAGAAGAUCUGUCGAAAGCAGAACCAAACUCGGUGAUAAUACUUCAUUCCUGUGCACACAACCCUACUGGCUGUGAUCCUACCCUUGAACAAUGGGUCCAAAUUGCUGCUGUGAUGAAGGAAAAGAAACUGUUUCCAUUUUUCGACUCAGCAUACCAAGGUUUUGCAUCUGGUGAUUUAGAUGAAGACGCAAAAGCAGUCCGCUAUUUCAUCGACCAAGGAUUCGAGCUAUUGUGUGCACAAUCUUUCGCCAAGAAUUUUGGUUUAUACAGUCAAAGAGUUGGAAAUCUGACGUUCGUAACAAACGAUCCCAGUACGAUCCCUUCUGUGCUGUCUCAAGUGACUAUCAUCGUUCGUGGACUUUACUCUAAUCCUCCAAGUCACGGAAGCAGCAUUGUUUCAACUGUACUAAAUGAUCCAGAACUAUUCCAAGAAUGGCAAGGAUGCAUCAAAACAAUGUCAGACAGAAUAAAGAAGAUGAGAGCAGGUUUGAAGGAAAGAUUAGUGAAACUACAAACUCCGGGCUCUUGGGAACAUAUCACAUCACAAAUCGGCAUGUUUUCUUACACUGGUCUCACUCCUGCUCAAGUUCAGUAUCUGAAGACAAAGCACCAUGUAUAUGCUCUUAAAUCUGGACGAAUAAAUAUGGCAGCUGUCACGACCAAGAAUUUAGAUUAUGUCGCCAGCAGUAUCCAUGACGCAGUUGUUAAUGUGAAUGAAUAAUAGCACCUAUCCCUAUUUACCUAUGCAUGAAAUUUGGUACAGAAAACAGAAUGAAAACAAUGUUUUAUCUGCAUGAGUUGUCCCUUUUCACACUUGUGGGAGUAGGUAAGUCAACACUUACAAUGCCAGUUGGGCUCGUCUCUGUUUCCAAUUCCUGUGAUCUUUGUUUUAUGGUAUUUUUAAUGCAAGGUUUUUCACGGAGCACUUCUUUUGUUAUCAACAACGCAUUGUGUCUGGUUAUCAUAUUUUAAACUAGCCAUCAUUAGGUGGUGUGAUCUUAGAGAAAACAGAAAAUGAGCCAUCAGCAAAAAAUCUUACCUUUGCUCUUUUUUUUAUUUCCCUAAAUACAGAAAAGUACUCGUGUAAACCAUGAAUUGUAACCAAUGAAGAAUCAAAAUUAGUCACUUGUGAAGAAUCUAAUGUUUUUGUGCAAUUGUUUUCCUCGGGUUUUUUUUUUUUUUUUUUUUUUUUUUUUUUGUGGAUACUCAUACGCAGAUUCAUGUGAGGAAAUGAUGAAAAGGCAUACAUUCCUUUUUAUAACUGUAUAUUUUAUUCUUUUUUUUUUUUAAAUAACAUUGUUUAGAGCCCUUUUAAUGUGAUGUUAUGACCAUUAAGAUGCGUUGAAAAUGCUCAAUGGUCAAAAAUGAAAGAAAAAUCUUGCACUUUUUUGGGUCAAUUAAGGGUACCAAAUGAAGACUCGCUUCAUACUGCCGGCUAAUCAAGCAUGCCGCAUGAACAUUCUAAUGUUGCCAAAUCCCUCUCCCUUGAUGAAAUAUUUAUUUUCAAGGAAAGUCGUGAAUAUUUUUCCUUGAAUUUUUCUGAUAUGCUCUAUCAAUAAAAUUGUAAUUGAAAUUCUCAGAAAACUUCGAAGGAAAAUGACCGUAAGUCUCUUAGAAAAUUUGUGUAUUAUUAAAGGAAAUUUGGCAUCAUCGGAAGGUUCAUAUGGCGUUUUUAAUUAGCACAGUGGAGUAGUUGCAGCACAGUAGUUGAGUAGAUAAGUUAAGACAGAACUUUAUUUAAUUUGAUAGUGAUAGACAAAGCAUUAGACAAAGGAGAC